AUGACGACGAAGACGAAGAAUAACAGCUACUCCAGGUAUAUAUGUAACACUUUCCCUUCAGAAGAGGCUUUCGAUUUUCCACAAACGAAAUACACUUCGCUUUCCCUAUUGUCUCCUACUAAAUUUCUCGUUGUUCUUCCCCAUAUCACUAUCGAUUUAGGGUUCGGCCUCUAUACCAUUAUCGAUGUUCAUUUGCAGUUUGCACAACUCUGUUUCUGGAUCAGAGUUAGAGCGUUCUCACAAUUUCCUAAUUCAUGGCUUAAGCGGUCGAUUCCGCCAUUAAGAAACUCGCCACCUUUCAACUCAAUGAACUCUCCACAUCUUCAUCUCCUAAUCUCCAAAAAAAAACUCUCGAUUCUAUCUCCCGAACAGAUAGAGCUCGGAAAGAUGUUGUUCGAGACAGGGCAGGUUCAUUUUCUUGAGAAUUGGCCUGAUCCUGGUGUUGAUAAUGAUGAUGAUAAAAAAGCUCUGCUUGCUCAAGUAAUUUUACUUGCUGCUAGGCUGAUGAAUAAGACAAUUAAUUUUGGUAAUUUCUAUAUGUUAUCCUUUUGA